CUCUCUUCUCUUUUCAUUUCUGCAACUUUUUUUUCUCCUUCUACACAAGGAGUUCUUUAUUUCUCUCUCAACAAUAUAAUCUUGAUAAAACUAUAGGUUAAUAUUUUCUCCCAAGUUUAUAUUUUAUUAUUGUUUUGUUGAAGAAUAUGGGGAGACAACCUUGUUGUGACAAAAAUGGAGUGAAAAAAGGUCCAUGGUCAGCAGAGGAAGACAAGAGGCUCAUUAAUUUCAUCCUUAAUAAUGGCCAAUGCUGUUGGAGAUCUCUCCCUAAACUUGCAGGGCUAUUGAGAUGCGGAAAGAGUUGCAGAUUGAGAUGGAUAAAUUACCUAAGACCAGACUUGAAGAGAGGACUUUUAUCAGAAUAUGAAGAGAAGAUGGUUAUUGAUCUUCAUGCUCAACUUGGCAACAGGUGGUCGAAGAUAGCUUCUCAUCUACCAGGAAGAACUGAUAAUGAAAUCAAGAAUCAUUGGAAUACACAUAUCAAGAAGAAGCUCAAGAAAAUAGGAAUUGAUCCCGUCACUCACAAGCCAAUUACUAGUGACCAACCAAACAUAGAACAACAGCCAACAAACGAUCAAAUAAUUAUUCAACAAGAAAAACAUACUCCUACAGAGUCAACAAUUACAGAGACCAUAUCAGAAGCAGAACAAAAAGAAAACAAAAACAUUGAUACGAAGACAAUAAUUAUGUAUCAGUCCCAAACAAGUUUGGUUCCGCAAGAAAAUAAGAACAUUGAAGUCAACAAUAAUGGAUUUUGUACUGAUGAAAUCCCCUUAGUUUCACCAAAUGAAAUCUUAGUCCCUUCUGAAUCAAUAACCACUUCAACAUCAUCAACAUCUUCUUCUACUUCUCAAUCAUCCAAUAUGAUUCUUGAAGACAUGCAACUUUUGCCUAGUUUCGACAAUUGUGAUUUCAACAUGGGCAUUAGUUGGGCAGAUGAUUUCAGCAGCACUUUGGAUUAUUUACUUAAUGAUGAUGUUAGUGACAUAAACAAUGCCAUUUCUCAAGAUUGGUUACAGGUGUUGGAAGUUUGAGCACACUACUUAAAAGGUAUGAACUUUCGAGGGACGUUUCCGUCGGAACAUCUUUGGGAGUAAGAGAUUUCUGCUGGAAAGUUCAUUGAAAACGUUUUCAACAAGCCAAUUUCUAUAGAAAAUUUGUGUUUUUUAAGGAGUGACAGUUGUUGUGAUUAAUUUGUCAAAAGGGGAGCAAAAUUAAGCUCUAUCUUUUGAUUGGCCAGUCACUUAAUUUUUUCAUUUUGGAUUGUCUAUAGAAGUUUAGAUGGUAGUUGUUACUAUAGUUCAUGGACAAUAAAAAUUAAAAAAACAGAUAUAUCUAUGGGGACAAAUGAACAUAAGCCCCAGCAAAUAUUUAUGUUAUGAAUGUAUAUUCUUUAAGACAAAAGUGUACACCUCUUUUCCAAACUUUAUUUUGAAAGUUUUAUUUUUAUAGACUUCAUA